AUGGAGCUCAUCAACAGCCGGGUCUUCCUCCUCGUCCUCCUUGUCCUCCUCAUAUCCAUCUCUUCCGGUCAAGUCUCAUCACGCCCAACCCCGCAGGCAGAUGCGGCUGUUGAAAAAAUCUGUGCCAAGACUGCUAACUCUGCUCUUUGCUCCAGCACCGUCCUUCCUAACCUACGCGUCAAUGCCGACCCUACCAACGUCCUUCAAAUAGAGAUGAAGGCAUGCUUGGACCUCACCAAAGAGGCCCUCGGCCAGUUGAAGAAGACGGCCAGCAAUCCCUCCACAUCGCCAGCAGAUGUGUCGUCGAUCGCAGUAUGCCAAGAAGUCUACGAAUCUGCCGUAGAUGACAUCAACGGUGCCAGUGAGGCCAUUGCCGCGCGCGACGUCGGCACUUUACAAACCAGGCUUAGCGGAGUGAUUACCUAUUUUGGUACUUGUGAUGAUGCUGUCGCCGAGUCUCCCGGCUUCAAGCUGCCUUUGAAGGAGGAAGAUGUUGUUACAUUGCAUAAGCUGGCAAGCAACUGCAUGGCCAUCUCCACAUUGCUCAAGUAG